AUGUGGAAGUUGCUACUACUGCUUAUGGCGAUGCGAAUCAUGGGACAGCAGAAUUGGGUCCCCUGCUCCGAGCUGAACGAUGACCUGCGAUAUCCGUGCCGCUGCAAGGUGCAGGUCGAUCGUGCACUGCAACUUGGCAUCCUGAUGAAUUGCGACAGGGUCGUGUUCGCUGGGGACUUCCCCGCUCUCCCCUACGGUGCUCCCAUAGUCUCCUUCAGCCAGCGCUGGGCCGGACAACAGUCUCUGCCGACGCAGAUAUUUUCUUCUUACGGUCUUCCCCUCAAAGAACUGGAUUUCUCGCAUAAUAGUUUACGUCGGCUGCCUGACCGUCUACUCUCAGGUGUCAAGGGGAACAUCACUAAGCUGGCGUUGGCCGACAACUUACUUGGGGACAACUUGAAUCCAAUUUUCUCAACCGCGGAGUUCCAUAACCUACCCGCAUUAGAAGAAUUGGAUCUUAGCGGUAACAGCAUUAGGGGCUUAGAAGAAGGUCUACUCAUUGGUUGUGAUGUCCUUAAGACUUUACGCCUCGACCGUAACAAUAUGAAUUCCGUGCCAUCAUCCUCCCUUAACGGCCCGCAGUCAUUAAAAGUUCUCUCGCUGCGGGAAAAUAGAAUAGCUGUAAUACGACAAGCGUCAUUCGUAUCACCACAAAAGACGUUAGAGGAAAUAGAUCUACACAGCAACAUGAUAUCGACUGUUGAAGGAGGGACUUUUGUAAGUUUGAGAGAUUUGCAAGUCCUCGAUCUGGGUCGUAACAGGCUAUCAAAGUUUAACAGCGACGUAUUCCUGGGCAUAGAAAACUUGCAAAAGUUGGAUCUAUCGGAAAACUUCAUAACAGAUUUCCCAACGGUUGCUAUGAAAUCUUUCGUCGCGUUGCGGCAACUGAAUCUCUCCAGUAAUAUGAUUACGAAUAUCGACAAUAGCCAUUUGAGUUCGCUGGUUUCCUUACAAGUUCUAGACCUUAGCAGAAAUAACCUUGUUAAACUGUCACCCGGGACGUUUGUGGGGCUCACUGAAUUGCGGUAUUUGGACGUUGGCGUGAAUUCUCUCCGAACUGUGGAAGAUGACGCAUUUGAUGGGCUUACGAGUUUACAGACAUUACUUCUACAGAGCUCCCACAAGCAGCUUUUGAGCAUUUCAAAACGUUACGUCACC